AUGAGUUCGUCAGUAGGGCCAGCGGAGCGCGAGAGGCGGCCCACGGCGAAGAUCCUCGUGUGCAAGGACUACGCGCGCGGCCGCUGCUCGCGGAGCGACUGUCGCUUCGCACAUACGUCUAGUACUCUCGGCGUGGAGCCCUCGGACGAAGGGGACGUGGUGUCUGUGUGCAACGACUUCUUGCGAUCACGCUGCGCGCGCGCUACGUCGUGUCGGUACUUCCACCCACCGCCGCAUCUAGUCAGUUCGCUGGCGAGCAAGGUGGGCAUUACGCUGCCCGGCGACGUCGCGGACAUGCUCCCGCAGCAGCCCUUCCUGCCCGCGCCCGCGCCCGCUUUCCCCGACAUGUACUCCGCACCCUCCGCGUAUCUCGCCGCGGCCUACCCGCCCAUGGCUCCCGCAGGCCGCCCCUUCACUCGUCCCGCGCUCGAGGUGUGUCGCGAUUUCCUCAAGGGGCGGUGCACGCGAGAGGCAUCAGUGUGCCGCUACGCGCACACCAACCCCAAUGCGGGCGACGGCAACCUUGUCACGGUGUGUCAGGACUUUCUGAAGAACCGCUGCGAGCGCGCCAGCUGCCGCUACUACCACCCUGAGGAGAACCUGCGCUCGCGCAUCAAGGAUGUACCGGUGAGUCGGCCGGGGCAGGGCAUGGAGAUGGAUCCGUACCAGGCAGCGUACAGCGCCUAUGCCGUCGCCAGCAUGUACGAGAACCAGGCAGCGGCGGCCAAGAGAAUGAGGAUGGAGGAGGGAGGGGCGCCGGGAGCGGGCAAUGCAGCAGCGGUGGCAUCUCUGGGCGGGGACGAUGACAGAGCGCGCAAGUCUGGCCUAGACGUGCCGAUGCCGUACUACUCCGCACUGCCGCCCAUGUACGGGUCACCAGCCAUGCACCAGCUGCCCAUGGGAGGCGGCUACCUCCCUGCGCCCUUCUACCCCGGCCAACACCCACGAGCGGCAGUAGCGCAGGACCGGCUGCCGGUGUGUCGGGACUUCAUCAACGGCAAGUGUGUGCGCGGGGCGUGCCGCUACGUGCACCCCGACGAGCACGUGCAGGUGCAAGCACACACUGCACUACACACCUCCUUUUAUGCACGCUGGGGGGGCUGUGACUUGUGGGCUUGA